UGGGUGCGGCCGCAAUUAUUUGUUCUACAAGAAGAUGAGAAUGAAUUGGGCCAGUGCCUGGGAAACGUGUUGCAGCUUUAGAAUGAGCAUGACCUUCUUAGACACAUCAGACAAAUUACAAUGCAUUUCCAAUUUAAUCACAAAGUUUCCACCACAUACAAUUGGAGAUUUUUGGCUGUCGGGAACGGCUCUAGGAUGCAAUGGAAACUUUCAUUGGUGCUUCCUUGACCGCGAUUUCAAUAACAAAGAUCUGAAGUGGAAGGAAGGUCACCCUAAGAUAGGCCUCGAGUGCGUUUACCUCGAAGCGAGGAACGAUUCGGUUCUUUUGGCAACUGCGGAUUGCAAUGAACAGAAACAGUUUCUGUGCGAUGUGCAGAAGCGGGGCCAGAGCCAGGUCGCCAAGCUGAAUGAAUGCCUUGAAACUUGGCAAGUCACUGAUGUUGAACUCUACUCGCUCAUGAAACCGACCUAUUUGCAAAAAAUAAACAUCACACUCCGCCAGAAGUGCUUCAUCAGAUGCGUAGGAAACAUGUUUGGAUUGAUGUCCUUUGGAGAGGUGAACAGCAUUGCAUUGUUACGACAAAUUGAGCUUGCGACCCAGGGUGCACCUCAAAAACUGGAAGAUGGACUUAAGGUCCAUGACGAGUGCGGCGGAAAAAAUUUCGAUGACGAGUGCGUGACUGCGUUCGAAGUAUACAAGUGUGGACAGGAAAAAGCUCCCGACAUGGUUUUCAACAUAGUCUCGAAUAACUUUGGCACUGGGCCAGUGGUCAGAUCAAAUAAAGGGAUUUAUCUAUUAUUUUUGGCGGAUCUAAUUUAAGUUUAGGUUGA